AUACACAGAUAACACACGUACAUUCUACCAUCUUGAUUAGAUUAAGCAAGUCACAGCUGAACAGCUUUGGAAACGUUUACCAGUACUGACAGGCGGACCUUCGACGGUCCUGAGUGUGGCCGGGGAUGCCGUUUCAUUGAUGCCUCUAUAUCUUCAUACAGAAACCUGUGUUUAAUAGGCGCAAUACAACGGGUGGGAGCUGCGGUGGACCAGAGCCCGCUCAUCCUGGCCACUUUGCUUGACGUUUGUGGCGCGUCAGCAGUUGAACGACGACGGCAUUUUGUUACCACGCCCAUUAAGCAGCCAGAGGAUGUGCGGGCGCCAGGUGGCUCCGGGUGUAUUGCACACUGCAUAGGGAGCGACGGAAUAAAUGGAGGUCCAGGCGGCAGCGGAAGAAGGGGCUGGGGAGCGGACGUCCCAUCAGGUCUCUGCAGCGCUGGAUGCACCUGGGCCGUCGGGGCGUCCAGGCUCGGCGCAGCGCCUCAGCUCGGAACACCUGCGUGAGGGCGCGACGCUGCGCUCCUCUCGGAACGGGACAGAGCUGCUCCCAGCAACUGAUGACUUGAUAGCUCAGGAUGAUGGAGAUGGGCAGAUAUCGUUGAGACCGCGGCCACCAGCAUUGGCUGUGUCUGGCUUCGGUGUAGUCUCCGAGCGCGUCAAGACCCGGCGGACUUCUAUAGCAGGGUUCCUGGGCUUCGGGUCGCAGUCAACGGCCAAAGGACCGCCCGGCGAGCUGUCUCCUAGCCGCGACCCAACGGCACAGGGCUUGAGCUCGGCGGGGCAGCCGUCACCAGGGCGCGCACGCCACAGCUCCUUCCUGCAAUCCUUCGGCCAGUCCUUUGGCCUGGGGCCACACGGGGCGCCGUCAGAUGCAGCGGAAUCCGGGCCGCCAUCGGUGGCGGACGGGGGGCCGGCAACGGAGGGGGAGGGAGGGCGGCCCAGCACGGUGGGCGGCAUCUCCACCGGCCGCCGGAGACGUGCCAGCAUGCUGGACAUUUUCCGGCCCAGCCACUUGCUGGACACGGCGCAAAGCGUGGGUGUCCCCGGGCUCAACACCACGGACUCCGUUGAGCCAAGCGCCGGCUCCGGGCUGCAGCGCUCCAAGUCCAGUAUGGGCAGGAAGACGCGGCGCGCGUCGGUGAUGGACUUCUUCCGCAACAGCGCCACGGGCUUCAGGUCAAGCGGAACCGGACUCACGGACGCGGAAGGGGCUGGGUCAGUGAAAAGCGGCAACCGCAGCUUUAAGGAGCAAGGCGGGGCCAGCCGCGGCCGCCGGCGCAGUGUGAUUGACAUCCUGGGGCACACAUCAAAGAGGGUGUUCGCCAAGCUGGUGCACCAGGAUCUUUCGGAAGACGAAAAGUCGGAGGAGGAGGUGGACGAGGGGCCGCUGUGGUUCACGUCGCUAAGCGACUUCAAGCCGCUGACGUUCAAGUACCUGACGGGCCGCUAUUCCUCAGCCUACUUCGCGUGCGCCAUCAAAACGGGAGAGCACUACAUCCUCAAGCAGUUUGAGAAGGACAAGAUGGACCUGCCGGACGAGCGCGGCGUGCGGCGCGCGCUAGCGUUUGCCCAGAUGCUGGAGCACCCGCACUUGGUGCGGUGCUGCGGCACGUGGGAGGACGAGAAGGCGCUGUACAUUGUGGAGGAGUACGCCACCAAGGGUGACCUGUUGCAGGACUCCAUGUCGCACCCCGAGAAGUAUACGGAGCUGUUCAUGGCCACCAAGGUGGUGAAGCCGCUGCUGGAGGUCCUGGUCUACCUGCACAACAUCAACGUCGUGCACCGCGCCAUAUUUCCCGAGUAUGUCAUGUUCGGGAGAGAGGACGUCCUGAAGCUGGGCCACUUCACCAGCGCAGUGGACCAGCGGCUGGACCCGCCCAAUGAGCGCAUCCACUUCCUGGACUAUAUGGCGCCGGAGAUGCUGGCGGUGCAGGAUGAGCCACGCGGAAUCGCGCCCAGCCCUCGCACCGGCAUCCGCCACGACGGCGCGCACGCGCACCAGAACAAGCAAGUGCGCAUGCAGGGCUUCUCGAACGACGGCAGCAGCAGAGGCGGCACGCAAACGCAGCUUAACAUUCCGCUGGCCUCUGGCAACAACAGCUCGCCUAUCAACUCCAAUGGGGGGACGCGGCGAAACAUGUUUUCCAACGCCGCCGCGGACCCGCCGUGGUUUUCUUCGCCAGCCUCCAACGAUGCCGCUGUGCCGCCGGGCCCAGAGCGUUCGGGCAUGUCCCGCUCAAGCCUUAUGAACCCGCUCGCGCGCCUCCGCUCCCGGAUGUCAUCCUCCGCACUGGUAGCGGCGCAAGGCCCGGACUCGCUCCGCGCCACCGGCGCCCUCAGCCGCGAGGCGUCAAACUACGGUGGUGGUGGCCCUGACAGCGGCGGCAUGUCACCGCUACGUGGGCGCAGCCGCGUGGAUCUCACCUCCGACGCGUCAUGGCUAUCGCCCAACGUGGAGAGCAGCGCCCGCAGCUUCUCGGGUUCACCAGCCCGGCGGCGCAAGAGCACCCUGGAUGAGAUGAGCGCCCCCUGGCUGCGGCCGGUGGCAAGCUCCGGCCAAGAAGGCGAGGAGCCGACGCAGCCGCUUUCAGGGACUGGGGACGGCACGCUGCCGGCAUCUAGCCCCGCUGCCGCGGAUGGGGCGUCCGAUCUAGCGGCGGCACAGUCGCCGGAGGCGGGCCAGGUGUGGCCAGAGGACCCCCGCGCGCCCAGCAAGCUGCCGGGCUCGCCGGGCUCAGGCGGGGACACGUUGGAGCGCGAGGCAGGCCACCCGCGGCAGCCAGCGGAAGGCUCUCGGAAUGCGCAGGCGCCCAUAGGCGACCCCGACCACGCCGAGGCCUCAAUCAUGGGCUACAUCCCUGCGGCAGAACUCGGCGCGUUUGCGAUGGCUUCCCUAGCUGGUUAUCUGCCGUCGCAGCCGCUGCUUCCCAACGGAAAUGGCAGCGCUAGCGGCAGCAGCCGCGGCUCGCGGCCCAGCUCCGCCGCCAAGCCAGCCAAAGGCUCGCGGCCUAGCUCGGCUGUCAUGCCUACCAGCGCAGCAGCAGCAGCAGCAGCAGCAGCCAGUGGCAGCCCGGCCUCGGCAACCAAUCACUCGAGCGGCGCGGGCGCUGACGCGGCUGGCAAAGCCGCAAGCUCAGACGGCGGCGCCUCAACCAGCGCCGGCCCUGGGCCUGUGGCGGAGUCGUUGAUGCAGGAGCCCAGCUCGCCGGCGCGCAGUAACGAUGGCGAUGAGCCCACCGUGCUAAAGCGCGGCCGCACUGGCGUCUCUUUUACCACUGGCCUAUCCGGCGGCGAGGACAUGCUGUCGCCGCCCCUGCAGGAGCCGGCGUCCGCCAACCGCUCGCGUGUGCAGUCAGCGCGCAGCCGCGCGGCGUCGCGCGGCGCGUCCCGCGUGGCCUCUCGCGAGGCAAGCGCCACCGGCAACAUGAUGGCGGGGCUUCGGACCAUGGCGCGCAACCUCACGCUGCGCAUUGGGCAGGUGCUGGUGGGCAAGGGCGGUGAGGGCGGGGGCCCCGGCUACGGAGGCAUGGAGGAGGAGGGCGGCGGCGGCACCGCGAGGCGAGGCGGCGCGGACCCGUCGCCGCGCCAGAGCCAGGCGGGCGGCGCCGGCGACGCGUCCAUCUUUGUGCCCAGCAACCCUUGGGAAUGGCAGGAGCAUUACAAUGAGAAGGUCGACUGCUGGCAGGUCGGCUGCCUGGUGCACGAGAUCCUUUGCAACAGCCUGCCGUUCGAGGCGGAGGACAAGCUGCUGGCGUGUGCUCUCAUCCUGUGGGCUGACAUCGUGUCCUUCCCCGACACGCUCUCGCCCGAGUGCCACGCCUUCAUGCGCGCCUGCCUGACAAAGAACCCCGCCGAGCGCCCCAGCGCCGCCGAGCUGCUGCAGCACCCCUGGAUUACGCGCCAUGACGGCGGCGAGGUCCUUAAAUCGGUGCGGCAGCUGCGCGAGGACCAGAACCUGCACCACGGCGUGGGCGCGGACGGGCAGCAGCUGACAUUGCUGCAGCGCAUGGCGGUGGCCGUGGGGCUGGGCUUCAUGGUCAGCGCGGCGCGCCACGCCGGCGAGCAGCCGGAGGACAGCGGCGGCGUGGUGGGCUGGCUGAAGCACUGGACCGCCAAGGUGCUGCCGCUCAAUGGCGGCGAUGAGGACGCCAGCAAGGAGGGCGAGCACAAGUUUGAGAACGCGCUGCACCUGGUGCAGGAGCAGCACCAGCAAGACACGGAGGCGGUGUUGGGGCACGAGGCGGCGCGGCCCAAAAGCAGCGACGUGGAGGCAGGCGCAGCGGCAGCCGCGGCGCGGCGGCACUCGCGGGAGGCGCACGCAGGGGCCGGUGGUGCCGGUGCCGGUGCAGACGCUCGGUGGGGCGUGGUGCUGUAAGGAGAAGCCAGCGAUAGCGCCCGCCGCAAUGCGGCUGCGCCGAGAACUGGUGUUGGGCAGAGGCGGAGGCGCGAGGCAAAGCAUUGGGUGGAAACUGGAAAGGUGUUUGGGCACAUGUGGUUGUCUACCCGCUGCAAAAGAGCGGGCGGAUGUACUAUCACGAGAUCUACUGAACGGAUGUAGCGGUUGGAAGGGUGAGGACCGAAUGGGUAGCUCAUAGCCAACAACACGGAGCCAGCGCAGCAGGUUGCAGCUGGGUGCUGCAUGUCGGCACACGCGUCCUGCAUGCAUGCAUGCGCGCGCUGCGAUACGGCCCAGCAUACACUGCGUAAUGCACGAGUCGGUGCGCUUGUUGGUCUAUCAGCGCAAGCCUUGCAUACUUGUGGUGCCUUUAAGCAUGCGACUAUUCGUUUAUACGUCGGCAGUUGUAGCCAGGUCGAUACCGUGUUUGAUGGCGGAAUCCACCUCAUGGCGUCAGCCGAAUGACCUGAUGUGACCACAAUACACAACCAUGCAUCUCGAGUAGGUUUAGAACGUGAAUGGCACACUCGUUGUGUCGCGUAUUUCUAUGAUGUAUGCAGGCCGGCUGGCUGCUGAAGCCUGCAUGAUCUUCACGCAGAAACGUGAAGCUGGUUGGUCAUUAAUGUGGGCGUGAGAAUGCAGAGUCGUGUGCAACAUUCAUCUUGAAUCCCUCAAGCUACAGAAGUGUGGCGUGCAUUCUAGCAUGUGUGGAGAAUGAAUAAAGCCGUGAUUUUGCGGCAGGGCACCGCCAUGGGACUCCGCAUGAUUUCGACGUGACGGGCGGGGGGGUCGGUGCGACAUGGGCGCAGAUGGACACGAGCUGCCCCCAACCGUCGUUACCAAUAACGGCGCUGGCGCUCGAGCUGUAAUGUGACGCGCGCGUUAAUGACGAGUGUGGUGCGUACGGUGUGCAAGUAGAUUAGUGAUAUUGGGAUGAAACGGCCCCCGACAACGUGCAGAGCGCUCGGCACUUCGUGAGGAUAGGCAAGUGGAGGCUAGAGCCGACAGGAAGGAAGUGUGUAACACGCAUGUACCGCCAGGCGAGGCGUGUAGAUCCGCUGCUCUACGAUGCAGGCGCAACACGCAGUACCGUAUCACCAAUAUGCCACUGACCUCCCCUGGACCAGACACGUCUGUCCCAACCCCUGCCGCACUGACGCCAAGCUGACUUCAGCCAGUCGGACCGUUACUCCCGAACCAUGGUCUUAGUGAUGGUGUGCGGAACUAUUGAUGCCGUCUAGCUCAAAGUGCUUUAAUUACGAGUGUGGUGGGAACGAAUGCGUACGUAGACCAGAGCGGACGGCGGAGUGGGCUUGCAGGCGGCACGAGAGUAGGCAGUCAGUAGCGCAAGUUGCGAAUUCACAUGUUACCUCGUAACCGACG